AUGUUUGGUUCAUUUGGUUCUUAUAGCUCUAUGAGCUCAACCCUCUCCUCUACCUCUAUCGACAUGUCGAGUUCGGGAAGCGGCUACCUUCGCGAUCAGGAUGCCACGUGCGCAUUCCCCUCGUGGCCGCGCCGCAGCUCUCUCGACAGCGACGACUCCGCUCAGCGCCCUACCUCUUUCCUCUCUGAUGAUGACCUCCUUGGCGAUCCCUUUGAGGAUGACUCGCGCAGCUCCAGCAGCAGCGCCAACAACAGCAUCCCUUCGUCACCUCAGCAGCACGAGGCACCCCACCAGCCCUUGGCCGAGGAGCUGUUCUACAUGGAGCGCGAGCGUCUGGCCCUCCAGCAAGAAUAUGUCCGCCAUGUCAUCUCAGAAAAGGAGCGCCGCCGUCACGCCAAGAAGGCUGCUGCCGCUGCCGCCGGCCAGCAGCAGUCCCGCAAGAGCAGCCCUAGGAGGAGUUCCAAGAGCAAGCUCGCCAAUAUGACGCCCAUCGCCGAAUGA